AUGCUCGCGGAGGGCACCAGCCUGAAGGACGGCUCUUCCGUCCUGGCCAAGAUAGUCCCUGCUCACUCGAAUGCAUCCAUGUGUAUCGAGAGAGAAGCUCAUAUUCUCGAUCGCAUGUCUACCUCUCCCGAGUCAUCGAGCACCACCCUCCGUACGAUCGAAUUCUUCUCCAUCCCACGUUCCAACGGAGACUGUGUUGUUCUCCUUCUCGUCCAUCCAGGUCUUAACAUCUUGGGCCGAUAUUUCCCGCCUCAUAAAGUGAACGAUCUCCUCUUGGGCGAUAUCUCUCGUGCCCGCCCGCCACCGUCACAUACCGAUAUUCUCAUGAUGGGUAUGGAGGAGCCAUAUAAUGUAGAGGAGGUGGAGGCAAUCGAGAUUAUGGACCUAGCUUCCUUCCUCGAGUUUGCUAUUCAAGCAACACACUGCUUAGAGAUGAUGCAUCGCUCUGGGCUGGUUCACCGCGAAGUGCGCGCGAACGUAUUCCAUCUAAAUGCGCACAGCGGUUUAGUCCGUAUGGUCCAUUUUGGAAACAGGGCUGUAUCAUUAGAGCAAUUUGGUGUCCCAUCUGCAUUUGUACUUAGAGCAGAUGCAUUUGAGGAAGUCAAGAAACUCAAAGUCAAGGAGGCACUGUGCUACCUCGCUCCGGAGCAGACUGGCAGCAUGGAGGCUCUCAACGAGGAUCACAGGACGGAUUUGUACUCACUGGGGAUCUUAUUCUGGACGCUGUUGGUCGGUAGAGGUACCAUGCCAUUCGAGGGCGGCCCUUUGGAGCUUUUGCAUGCCAUCGCACAAAAGCGGCCAAUGCCCGUACAUGAAGUCCGCAGAGAUGUUCCACAGGUGUUAGCUCUACUCAUCGAUAAGUUGCUCUCCAAGAACCCAGAUCAACGUUAUCAAAGCGCAUAUGGCCUAAAGGCAGAUCUAUUGCAAUGUCAAAGGUUGCUUCUGAGAGCCGUGACUGUGGUAUCUGAUCAGACUAUGGAACUGAUCCCUACUUUCGAAAUCGCCGUCGAGGAUAGGUUUAUGGAAUUCACUAUCCCCAGUCCCUUGUUUGGUCGCGAGAAAGAACUUGAAACAAUCAAAAACAUUAUUCGGCACACUUCUACGUCCUAUUCAAGACACAUUGCAGCGUCACGAGGCUCCAUCGUCGUCGGUUCUUCAGAGAGUGGCACCAAUACUGGCACCACGGACGAUCACAGUGAAUCUCGCUCGUCAAAAAGCGACGUUUCUCAGCACGGCCCUAUGUCUCCGGGAGAUGCUAUGAGUCCUCGGCCCUCGGUGCGAAUCUCAGAGACCAAUGUAACCACUGCGGUGACUACUACUAGCACGAGCGCUUCCGGUAGUGACGGCCUAAGGCGAGUUGCCUUAGUGCCGUCUUCAAGUCGAGCGAGGACGCAUGCGGUUAUUGUCUUAGGUCCCCCAGGAGCGGGGAAAAGCUCCUUGAUUCUUGCGAACCAGGCUCGCUGGAGAUCUCAUGGUCUCUGGGGUCAGGCCAAAUUUUCAGAGGUGGAAGCGGCCCCAUUUUCCUCCUUACUGGCGUGUCUAUCAUCAGUCCUUCGACAGCUGAUCGUAUUCCAUACGGAUCUACAUACCUUCGUGACUUCACUCAAGCGUCAGCUUGGCCCGCAACUUCGUAAUGUACCUCUGUUGUACGAGGGCGCACCUGAGCUGCGUGACAUUUUGAGUCUCUUUGAUAUCUCGUUAGAAGCACCACGGGAAGUACUAGACACUCAUGAAUUACGCGCCCGCUUCCAAAGUCUAUUUCGGGGGGUGUUUUCUGUUCUAGCAGAAACACGUCUAUUUGCAUUAUUUCUGGAUGACCUACAUGACGCGAGUGAUUCCUCUCUAGACCUCAUCAAUACUAUUGUGAACUCGCGAACUCGAAUCCUUGUUUUUGCAACGGCUCGUUCGGACCUACCUGAGGCUACAAAUAGGAUUAGGGCAACGUUUACCAGCCGAUCCACUACUUGGAUUAACCUUGAGCCCUUGAAUUAUUUAGCAAUAUCCACAUUGGUUUCGCGGACGCUUCGACGGCCCAAAGAGGAUUGCGCCAGCUUAUCGCGUCUCGUUCUAGCAGCCUCAUUAGGCAAUGCGUUCUCUGCACGGAACAUUCUGAUGACUCUGCAACGGCAGCAUCAAAUUACAUUUAAUUGGGAUCAGAAUUAUUGGGAGUAUGAUAUGUCUGCGAUCGAGCCCAGUCUCCACGAUAAACAGUUGAUUGCGGACCCGAGUGACCUGACGUACCUCUGUAAUCAUUUUCAUGAGUUACCGGAGGAUGCCAGGAAGUAUUUGAUAUGGGCGUCCUUGUUCGGACCAACCUUCAAGGUCGCCGAGGUUGCUCUUAUGAUGGAUUGGGAAGACUCGAGUGGUAGUAGUGGCAGCGAUGAAGAACCCGAAGACAUGUGGAAUGUUUCGAAGGCAGUUUCCACAAUAAAUGACAACACACUUCCGUCUAGCAGUCGUCGAUCGAUGCACGGUUUGCAGACUGCGAUCACGGAAGGAUGGCUUGUUCACCGCGCACGCGACAUGUGCAGCUUUGCACACGACCGAUACCGUCAAGCUGCGCAAGCAGAGGCCAAUGACAUGCCCGAGGAAGCGGUUGCAAAGAUGUCUUUUAGAAUCAUUCUAGCGAUGUUACACGAGGCGACUCCGGACGUCUACCGCAUUGCAGAACAUGCUAGACGCUGCCUGUCACUUCUUCGCGAGCAUGCCAAGCGGGAUGAGCUCUUGGAGCUCUCGAUAGACGCAGGUGAUUCUGCCCGAACUCGCGGGGCACACGAACUGGCACUCCAGUCUUAUAUCAACGCACAGUCACUGCUCGACUCCUCUUCAUGGGCUACAGAUGCUAGCAGGACCUGCUCAUUAUAUCUCAGGCUUGCCGAAUUGUACACUUGGAAAGGUGAUUUUUCCAUGUCAGACAGCUUAGUGGAGACAUGCCUGGAGCAUGCAGAAGACCCAGACAGCAAGGUUCAGAUGCUGCGGCUACGAUCCAAAAACCACUGGAUGUGCGGGAAUUACAAAGCUUCGCUGGCAGACACCCUCCUAGGUUUGCAUAUACUGGGGGUGGAUGUACACCCUUCGCCUACUAGACGCGAAGCGGACAUCAUGUUCGAUCAGGUCAAGAAUGAGAUCUUAGCUGUUGGCUUUGAGGAGAUUCUCGCGAUUCCGCGUGCGAGAGACACGCGAACCGACCUUGCCAUCGCUCUGCUCAACGACGCAGGACACAAUGCAUAUUGGAGUGUAGGCGAAGGGUUUACUGAUAUCAUCGGUCUGACGACCGUUCAGCUGGCGCUACGGUCGGGAAUGUGCUCCGGUACGGCACUUGGAUUCUUCUGGGCUCUUGGAGCUGCGGCCGAUCGAAGAGAGCUAUAUCGUUUCUCCGCCGACCUCGGGAAGCUUGCACUACGAAUCGCGGAUCACUAUGGAACAUCUUAUGAGAAAUGUCGCGCAUUGGUGCUCUUCUCGUCAAUGGUGGCUGGUUUUGACAAUGUGCAUAUCCGCGCGAACUUGCCGCGGUUGGAAGAAGCCAUGAAAUAUGGUCAGAGUGCUGGAGACAAGAUAUUCACGAGCUACGCAAGCCUCCAUCUCAUUCAGACACGCCUUUGGAUUUGUGAUCAUAUCAGUGAGCUUGUGGUAGCAGCAGAAGAAUCGGUUAGUGAUAUUUUGCAAUGGGCUCCCAGCGGCGAUACUGCUAUUCUAGCUCAGAGUGUCUUGAACUGCAUUCGGGCAAUCGGGGGAUUCACGUAUGCUCAAUCGGCCGAAACUAUAUUUGAUACCGACACAUUCAAGGAGAGUGAGUACUUCGCCCAUGGCGAGAAAACCUGGGGCCUUCUCGACAUGGCCACGAGCUGGUACUAUUCUUAUAAGGUUGUCGCAUUAUUCUGCCUUGGGUAUGCGAGUGAAGCUGCUCAGCUGGGAUUUUCGGUAUACGAGUCACGAGACAAACAUCCGAAUCAUCGACACACCCGAUAUGCACUAUUCUUCCAUAGUCUCGCCAUGGUUCAGUGUUUGCGUAGAGCAGACAAUAUCCCAGAAUUGCGCGGUUCAUACUUCACACAGAUUGAACUCAACCAAUCGUAUAUCAGAAAGUGGCUUUCACCAAGCCCGGUGAACACUAGUGCAUGGGUUGCACUCGUGGAUGCCGAGAUGGCCUCGCUUACCAACAACCCGGAUGCCUUCAAGCUGUACGACGUUGCCGUAAAACUUGCGGUCAACAACGAUUGGCUAUUAGAAAGUGGUUGGGCAAUAUAUCUGAAACGACAGCAAGGAAGCCACUUCGUGCGUUGCGGCGUAGAAGGGUUAGGCAAUGAACUGCAACGAAGAGGGAUUGCCCGUCAGGCACAGUGGGGUGCUCGGGGAAUUGUCAAUUAUCUUUCAUCACAGCUAGAUUCGCGGCCGCAUUUUGCUCUCAAGCGUCACAUCUUCUCUUCCGAUGUCGCAGUCCAAACGGACAGUGUUGUCAUGUCCUCAAGUCCCCGAAUUCCGGGAAAAGCAGAACACACUGAGGAAGAUGAGAUCUCGUCAUUGACCGCUUCCGAUCUGGCAUCAAUUCUGAAGUGGAGCAAGGAUAUAUCGACCGAUAUCAACUUACCUAUGGCGUUACAGCGGUUAACUGAAAUUGCUACAGAAAAUUCGGGUAGUCAAUACACUUGCGUCGUUAUCGCUAGAGAAGCCGGUGAUUAUACUGUCGCUACUAGCAUGGUUCCGCCUGAGCCAUGCCAAGUACAUGAAAAUCCACAGCCUAUCAGAGCAAUUGCCGACCCCCUUCGGAGAGCCGUCAUACAAUAUGCCCUGAACACGAAGGAGCGUUUAUACUAUGAAGAUAUCUCUACUGAGCCACGUUUUUCCAAUCGUGGACAAACCUUUGGGGCUGUCUACAUGACGGCGAAAUAUGCUUUCUCCCCUAACACUGUGGCAAUCUUGACUCUUUUGUGCCAACAAGCCAGCAUCGGUAUCGCCAAUGCUCUUCUGUUUCGCUCAGUGCAGGCAGGUACACGGGAGAAUUUGAAGAUGAUCUCUGCUCAACGAGAUGCGCUCGAGGCUGCAAGGAAGAGCCGCGAAGACGCGUUAAAGGCGACCAAGAUCAAAAGCAACUUUCUCGCAUCUAUGAGCCACGAACUACGAACACCGUUUAGUUCAUUUUAUGGCUUACUUGAUAUCUUAAGCGGCACCGAACUUAAUCCAAGUCAACGUGAGAUCGUGCAAACCGCCAAACAAUCGUGCGAGCUUCUUCUGAAGAUCAUCGACUCAAUUUUGGACUAUAGCAAGCUAGAAGCCUCUGCGUUAAAACUUGAAUUCUCAGGUUUCGCAAUAGAAAACAUGAUUGCGGACUGUAUGGAACUAUUGCUUCCCAUGGCUGCUAAAAAAUUGGAUCUUUCAUACAACAUAGAAUCUGAUGUUCCACCAUGGGUUAAAGCUGAUUAUGCGAGAAUUCGACAAGUACUGAUGAAUCUGAUCGGCAAUGCUGUCAAGUUCACUGCGCAUGGAUCUGUUCGUGUCGUAUGUUCUAUCGAUAAGAGCGGUCAGGCAACUCCCGGGGAGGUUAAUCUCAAGUUUGUGAUCCAGGACACUGGCAUUGGACUAAGCUCAAGCGACGUUGAUCUCCUCUUUGUACCCUUCCAACAAGCAGACAAUUCAUCCACGAGGCGUUUUGGCGGUACGGGGCUUGGGCUAUCGAUUUCUCGCCAAUUGGUAAAGCUUAUGGGUGGCGCCAUUGGCGUUCAAUCCGAGCUUAGUAUCGGAUCGGUAUUUUGGUUUACUAUCCCUGUCAAGAUUUACGACUCCGAAGAAUCUCGCCGGGCGCUCCGUGAGAUAGAGAGUCUGAAAUCUCGUCUUCUUAAUCCGCGGCCUCUUCGAAUCCUCAUCAGCUCUGCUUCCAGCCCCACUCAGUCUCUUUUGAGCACUAUGUUGAACGGGUUCUCUAUCGUUACUGUUUCAUCGAUUCCGCAAGCGGACUCCUAUAUCCAAAAUUUGCAGACUUUGGACCCGCCUCUAGAUUUCAUCAUUCUUGAUGACCAAUCCGAGACUGGAGUUGACGAAUUCACUCGUACUCUACAAUCCCUGACACUGGGUCCUCUCAGCGAAACCAAGAUCAUACACCUCUUCACACCAACCACGGACAAUCUGGCAGGCACGCCGAUGUUGAGGAAUGAUGCAGGUCUUGGAAUCGUUCGCAUCACCAAACCUCCACGCCAAACAAGACUUCUUCAAACGCUCGCUGAUUUGAAGAAUCUUCCGUAUAUACCUAGCGUGCCAAUCGCAACGGCGUCUAUUAUCCGAGACGAGGAAGCACUUAUGCGGCGGACAUUACAUGGUAAUAUUCUUGUAGCAGAAGAUAAUGCUGUGGCCCAGAAGCUGCUCAUUGCACAGUUGCAGCGUUAUAAGCUUAAUGUAAUUGCGACAUCGAACGGAGAAGAAGCGAUAGCAGAGUGGGAGAAACACGAACCAGGCUUCUUCAGCGUGGCAUUGUUUGAUCAUCAAGUUGAACGUGCUGUGAGACUCAUCCGAGAUGUCGCACAAGACACAAAGAUUAUCAAAGUAGAUACCAAUGAAGAUUCGCUGGUGUUCUCUGGUACAUCCCACACUGAAUUUGCCGACACCAUCGUCAACCGCACAGUCACCACCGUAGGAAGAUACGGCAAAGUUUUCUAUAUGCAACUUGACGGGGCGGGCAGAGUGCCUGUUCUUCAUUUUGGAAUGACCGGAAUGCUUCAGGUGAAGGGCCAAUUAGCUACUUACUACAAAGAGACACCUCGGAAGGCAUCCACGGAUUGGCCACCAAGGUUCAUGAAGACCCAGUUUAUUUUGCACUUAAACGAUCCGGUCUCUAACAGCAUUACGGAGCUAGCUUUCUUGGAUGCCCGUCGGCUUGGUCGUAUCCGCCUCUGCACCUCGCCCCUGACUGAGCCCCCGAUCUCUGCACUCGGAUUUGACCCUAUACUAUCCAUGCCCACCCUACAGGAAUUCGCAAAUGGCGUUCGAAAGCGGACAUGCCCCAUCAAGGCACUCCUUCUGGAUCAGUCGUUCAGUGCUGGCGUGGGGAACUGGGUGGCCGGCAAGUCCAUUCACUUAUACUCGCAUUGUCUCUUCUGUCUAUUCUCACCACACCAUCCCGUUACACUCAACUAUCCGCUCUUCACCAACAGACCUCAGAAAUAUGUAGAGUAG